AGUGGGAGGAAAGCGUGGAAUCUUCCACAAUCCGCAGAGAGAGGGCCGAUAGAGGCUCUCGGUUGCCUUCCUCCAAAUAUUAGAGAGAGAAGACUGACUUUUUCCUACCCACUUAAGCACGGCACAUUCUCUCUCUCUCUCUCUUCGGCAUACGAUUCCCAAUCAAAUUGCACUCGCCCAAAAGGCAAGGCGUUUCCAGUCUGAAGUUUUGUGGUUACUGAGAUGGCAAGUGGUUUUGGGGAGUCUACAAGCGUCCCGCCCCAAAGCGUGUCUUGCUCCGGUAACAAUGCCAACGAUGUGGGAGAUUUCGAAUGCAAUAUUUGCUUCGAACUAGCCCAAGACCCGAUCAUAGCCCGUUGCGGCCACCUCUUUUGCUGGCCUUGCCUCUACAGGUGGCUGCACCAUCACUCUAAUUCCCAAGAGUGCCCGUUUUGCAAGGCCCUCAUAGAGGAAGAGAAGUUGGUUCCGCUUUAUGGUAGGGGCAAGACGCAAACCGACCCAAGAUCAAAGUCGUAUCCAGGGAUCAACAUUCCCAAUCGCCCGUCUGGGCAGAGGCCUCCAACUGCCCCUCCCCCGAACACCAAUCAAUUUGCCAAUUAUGGCUUUGGAUUAAUGGGGGGAUUUGUACCAAUGGCAACUCAACGGAUUGGUAACUUCACCUUGGCGACUGCAUUUGGUGGUCUGAUACCGUCUUUGCUUAACGUUCAGUAUCACGGGUUCCCGGAUGCUACAGUAUAUGGAACAACUUCUGGUUUCCCUUUCGCACCAUUCAAUUCAUUUCACGGAGGCCAUGGUCACGGAUUCUUUCAGCCGGAAAACCACCAAUGGCAGCUGGCUGAUGUUUGGAAGUAUAUUUUUUUGUUUAUCGGUGUGUUUGUGAUCGUCGCGGUUAUUUUUGGUUCGUAAAAUGAUUUGCCACUCAAAGGUUUGAAACCAACAGGGUUGUUUAGUGUUGCUGCUCUUAUAUGUGUAAAUAUACGUUAGUCGCAUUUCUGUUUGUUGAGACCAACAAGGUCAGAAGUUUGGGGUCGAUUUAUAAUAAACGGUUUGCUUUCUCUC